CUCCCCAGUGUGUCGAAGGGUGCCGCGAGGCUGAGGAUGAUCCCCAAAUUCGCUUUGCUUUUGAUGCUGGUCCAAAGCUGCUGCGAUAUCCCGUUGGAAAAGCCGGCAGCACGCGCCGGGGCCAGCCCCCUCCACGAAUGUGGCGAGCGACCGGAGGACUGGUGCCGGGACGCGGUGACGGCGGCCAAGUGUGGGGCACUGCAGCUCUGCCGGAUCACCGUCUGGGACCAGGCCCUGGGGAAGGGCAUCCCGUGUCACCUGUGCCAGGUGGUGGUCUCCGUGGUGGGCAAGAUCCUGCAGGACAACCGCACUGAGGAAAAGCUGCGUCUCUUCUUGGAUAAGAAAUGCCAGUACCUGCCCUUCCAGGACUGGUCUGUCAAGUGCAAGAAGAUGGUAGACACCGGCAUCCUCAUCCUCAUCCAACUGGGCAAGCAAGUGCUGUCGGACCCAAAGGUGGUGUGCGGGACCAUCAAGCUGUGCCAGCCCCGGGAAAGCCCCACGGGGGCCCUGAAGUUUCAGGAGCCGCCGCCGGCCCCCGCGGGCCCCGCUCAGGACUUCGUUGACCUGGUCGCCCCCUUCAUCGCCAAUGUGCCCCUACUGCUCCAUCCCCAGGACCUGCCUCGUGGCGAGGCCCAGGAGACAGAAGAGGUGUGCGAGCACUGCCUGCAGCUGGUGGCAGCCGUGCAGCUGGAGCUGGGGACCGACACCACCUUCGCCCAGACGCUGAUGGCCCACGCCGAGCGGGCGUGCGAGGACCUGGCACCCGACCUGGCACAAGAGUGCAAGGGCUACCUGGCCGAAUAUGCGGACACGGCUGCCCGGCUGCUCCAGUACAUGGACCCGAUGGAGCUGUGUGGCCAGCUGGGACUCUGCUCCUCUGCCUCGGCGCUGCCUCUCCACACGCUGCUCACGGAGAAGGUGACGCAGGUCCUGAGCACGCUGGGGGACGGGGAGGGGACCACGCCGCUGUGUGAGUUGUGCCAGUUUGCCGUGAAGACGGCCGAGAGCCUCCUGGAGAACAACGUGACGGAGGAGCAACUGGUGAAUGACAUCGAGAAGGUGUGCUACAUGCUGCCCCACGGCGUCAUCGGGCAGUGCAAGGACUUUGUCGACUCCUACGGCAAAGCCGUGGUCAUCAUGCUGCUGGAGGCCACCGACCCGGCGGCCGUCUGCACCAUGCUGCGCUGCUGCCCCCGCACCGGGGACGCCCACCGAGGGACUGCUGCGCUGGAGCAGCUGGCGGUGGGCGCGGGUGCCUUCUGCAACGUCUGCCAGAUUGUCAUCACCUACUUUGAUAACGAGCUGCUGAAGAACGAGACGCUGGCGGAGCUGGGUGACGUGCUGGAGAAGGGCUGCGAGCUUCUGCCCACGCCGUUCACCGGCAAGUGCGAAGCGCUCGUGGUACAGUACGAACCAGCGGCCGUGCGGCUUCUCGUGCAGAUGAUGGACCCCAACUUCGUCUGCACUAAAAUAAGAGCCUGUGACUCACCUGAGGAGGAUCUCCUGGGCUCGGACCCCUGCGCCUGGGGCCCGCACUACUGGUGCAAGAACAUGGCCACGGCGGUCGAGUGCCACGCUGUCGAGCACUGCCGGCGUCACCUAUGGAACUAGGAGCCACCUCCCUGGCCGGUCGGGCUUGCCCUGCUGUUUUGGUUCAGGAUCCCAGACCCCCUCCCUUGGGAUGCGCCUGUGCCCGUGGACGGCGAUGGCAGGAGCCCACCGGCCUCACCACCCCGGCGGAGGCUGUGGGGUGCCCCAGCCACCUCUGCCACUUCCUUUUCCACCCCUGGGGCUUGGAUUUCCAAAUCAGGUUAAGGGACUCGUUAGUAUUUUCAGGACUGAGGAUUCAGCCUCACUGUCUCUGAGGCUGCCUGCAAAAUCCCACCAUCUCUCCUCAUCCCCAUCCCCAUCCCCAUCCCCAUCCCCAUCCCCAUCCCUAUCCCCAUCCCCAUCCCCAUCCCCAUCCCCAUCCCCAUCCCCAUCCCCAUCCCACCCUGAACCACUCAUAAAGCCCAGAUCCUGCAACUUUGAUCUGUCCCCAUGGGCUGGGACGGUUUCUGCUGCCCAAACGCCGGACCCCUCCCAGUCCUGGCUGCUGGCAGUCUCACACCGCAGGUCUCUUGGGUUUUGGCAAGCACUGCCCUUUGCUGGUCCCUCUUCAAAUUGGGGUGGCUUUUUAUUAUUUUUUUUUUUCCCCCUGGUCACCAGUUAAAGAAACAAAGUGGAUUAAAUUUACCUGCAAUGCCCGGCUUUGCAUGACAUUUGCAGUACACUGGUUUUGUGUCCGGCUGAUUGCUGGAGACAGAUAUAUUUUAACUAUCCCCCUGAACCAAAAAAUCAGUGAGUUUGGGGGCAAAGAUUUCCUUUCAUGCACACAUGCCCACCGAGGGGGGGGGGGGGUCCUGUGCCAGCCCAGCCAUGGCUGUGAGGGGCAGCGGGGUGCUGGCUCGUUCCCCCCCCUGCUGCAGGAGGGGGGAUGCCCACAGUCCUGAGUGUGCACGGGAGCAUCUCACUGCAAAUAAACUCCUCCCGUGAACCCGGCUGGUUGUCUCCUUUCUCCUUCUCCUGGGGGCUGGCGGUGCAGCAAGGGGGGGCAAACCUGGGGGAGGUUUGAUGCUUCCCCCAAAAUCUGAGCUGCAGCAACACCCGGGGUGGUAUCUUGCGAAGAUGAUGGAUUGAGGGGUGAAUUAAGGGAAAAAGGGGGUUUUUUCUCUUCAAAAGGUGGUUUGGGUAUGAUGAAUCUGGUGCGGCGUGGCAGGGGAGGAAGGACGACAGACAGAUUACCCAAAGCCAUAGACAGUAUAUUUCUGAGUCCCGUAACAGACCGUGCCCGAAACUCUCCACAAAGGUUACGAUUGGAAACAAACCCCCGAACGAACAAACCCGAAAGCAAGAGAGAAGGGGAAAGAAAAGGGCAAGAAAAGACACGCACGAGCACUCCACAUCCAGAAGCCCCAGUUAUUGUCAGUCUCUCUCUUUUUCGACAUCGCAACAUGUUUUGGUAAAGCCAGCAAAAUGGAGAAAUGUCUUCGGUUUUGGUUUUUUUUUUUUUUUUUUUUUUGAGGGGGUCUUUCCUUGCCGGAAAGGUGACGGUAAUGCCAAAUGAACUUGGCCUCUCCCUGCGCUGCCCCGGCCCUCCCCGUGCCCGUGGUUGAGGUGUGACAGCUGCUUGUCCCCAGCCUCUGCCUGGGGAUGCUGCAGCGGCACAUCACCCGCACCUUCACCCCUGUCCAGCCUGGACUCAUUGGAUUUGUUUAUCUUUUCUUUUUUUUUUUCUUUUUUUAAAAAAAAAAAAAAUUAUAAGAAAAAUAAAAACAAUUUAAUGCUUUCAU